AUGAACUUUGCCGUUGGGUUAAUAGCCUUAGGGCUUGUAGUCGUAUGUCACGCCGACUCGGAACGUUCGUGGACCGAUGAAGAUGGCGUGGAAAUUGAAAUCAUCAAGAAAAUUCCAGGUAACUCAGACAAAAAUUUUGAUUUAAAAAAAUUUAAACUUUCAAAAAAAUUUAAAAAAAAUUUAAUUUUCAAAAUUUUAAGCCUUUUCCUGUUAUGAGCUAUCAAAAUUUUAAUGUUCAGACUGCCUUAAACUCGUAUUUUACACAUUAUUACCUAAAAUCAUUUCCAGACCACAAGUGUAAGAUCAAAGCCGAGCCAGGAGACCAUAUUCAACAAUAUUUCAAACUGACCGACCCUAAGGGCACAGUAAUUGGAUCCAACUUUGGUCAAAAGCCAUAUGAAAUCAUUUUGGGCCGUGGUACCGCCUUCCGUGCUAUGGACUAUGCUAUGAGAGGAAUGUGUAUUGGAGAGCAGAGAAAGAUUGUCAUCCCUCCAGAAGCCUAUGAAGAAGAUGAACUUCCACGUGGAGCUGUUCAAGGCGACAGCUUGUACUACUUUGUUGAGUUGAAGUCAAUCUUCAGACCAAUUCCUGGAGAAAGCUGGACUGAAGAUGACGGUCUGCAUGUUGAGGUAGGUGCAAGGUUUAAAUAGAGCUACGGUAGGGUGUAGUAAGGUUAAACUGAGACAAGGUAUGGUAAAGUAUGGUGCUGUAGGGUAGAAUACUGUAGGGUAGGAUACCGUAGGAUGGAAUACUGUAGGGUAUAUUCACUAUAAGACCUCAAACUUCAGCAAACCCACGUAAUCCCAGUCGAAGACUGUAAAAAAGCCGAAAACGGUGACACCGUCCAUCAACAAUACAUUGUUCGUCUGCAAGACGGCCAAUUCAUCGACUCCUCCUACUCUCGUGGUCGUCCAUUCAUCUUCGAACUCGGCGCCGGUCGAGUAAUCAGUGGAAUCGACCGUGCCAUGUUGGGAAUGUGUGAAGGUGAAAAGAGAAAGGUAGUCGUGCCCCCAGAAGCAGGCUACGGAGAGUCUGGACGUGAGGGCGUGAUUCCACCAAACGCUUGGUUGGUAUUCGAAAUCGAGUUGGAGAAACUGGUCAAAAACACAAAGGAAGAGCUAUAA